AUGAAAAUAAGGAAAAGGACGCAAAUACCAAGAGAAUUAUUCACUCAACAACACAAAGAACUUGUGAAAGAAGCAGAAAAGUGGGUGAAGAGUACAGCCAAUUCAUGCAUGCUAGUAGCAACCUUGAUAGCCACCGUAGUUUUUGCUGCAGCCUUCACCGUACCCGGCGGCAACGACGAAAACAAUGGCUCGCCCAUGUUUCUCAACCACAAAUGGUUCACAGUGUUCGUCGUCUCAGAUGCAAUAGCCUUGAUCUCAUCUUCGACUUCGAUUCUACUGUUUUUGUCGAUCUUGACGUCGCGGUAUGCGGAAUCAGAUUUUCUGUUUUGGUUGCCAUUGGAGUUGGUUCUUGGUCUUGGCUCCCUCUUCGUUUCUGUGCUGGGAAUGGUGCUGGCUUUCAGUGCCUGCUUCUUCCUGCAUUAUGGAAGACAUAUUUCAUGGAUUCCAUUGCUGAUUACUGGGAUGGCUAUUGUUCCUAUUUAUUGGUUUUGUGUGUUGCAAUGGAAGCUUUGGGCUGAUGGCUUAGCAGCAUUGCAUGCUAGUGGGAUGUCAUAUUUAUUGAAAGAUAGGCAGAACAAAUGGUUUUGA